GGUCGGCAGGUGAUGGGGAAGUGGUGGUGGACCAUCAGUAUCGUGGUAGCCUUGUCCAUCGCCGGCGCACUCAACGGUGCGUCACUAGCGAGGGCUCGGCUCUUCUACGUUGCAUCCAGAGAGGGUCAUAUACCCGUGAUAGCGUCUAUGAUUCACGUUGAAAGGAAGACACCCCUCCCAGCAGCAUGUCUCACAGUUCCGUUCAGCCUCAUGCUCCUUGUCAGCGACGAUGUGUACAGUCUCAUCAAUUACGCCGGUGCUACCGGAUGGCUCUUCAGUGCCUUGGUGGUAUCUAUUAUACCAUACUACAGGUGGAAAUAUCCCAACUUGAAACGCCCCUUUAAGGUUCCCGUGUUCAUCCCUAUCAUCUUCUCCCUGUGUUGUGUCUUCGUGGUCGGCAUGUCGCUCUAUAGUAGCCCCGUGGACUGUGGCAUCGGAGUCGCCAUCACAUUAAGUGGUGUCCCUGUGUAUUUCAUCGCAGUCAAGUGGAGGAAUAAACCCCGCUGGGUUAAUGAUAACCUAGACAAGAUGACGAUAUUCCUUCAACAACUUCUCUAUGUCGUCCCCCAAGAAGACCUCGGUAUGGUUGAUGAACUCAUCGACAACAAGAUGACUGAUAUAAAAACAGAAACAGAAAAGAAGUUGUCGUCUGGAUAAACAUUGCUAUGACAACAUCAGAGUGGAGUUAACAUGAAAAAUGCUCAUUUGAAAGUGGUCAGAAAUACUCUAUAUACUAUGUGGUUAUGGGGUUACAGUAAGAUGUUAUACUUUAACUCGAUCAAGAAGACUUUCUAAAUUCAGCCUAAGGUCAUUUCAAAAGCCCUGCCGAUCACUCUUUUGAAAUGACAAUGAUAAAUUAGGUAAUCCGAAUAUGAUUUAUUUGGGAUCUAUAAUAGAGCAUUGAAAUUGUCCUCGAGUUCAUUUCUGGAAAGUCUUGACGAUCCUGUUCGUAGCAGGGCCGCGUGAGGAAAUCGGGAUAUGUAAUUAAUGAUGUUCAUAUAUUAUCAUGGAAAGUCAAAAUAAAUAUUAUGAUUUGUAUGAAUCAAGUAAUAAUGAACAUAAGACAUGGGAAGCCAUAUUUAAUACCCAGAGAAAGAUGAUGACACUCGUAUGUAUCAGGGUUUCAAUAUUUCAAGUUAAUUUGUUCCACAUUUUACUAGAAAUAUAGACAGACAUAUAAAAUAGAAAUUAUAU